GCUAUCAGUGUUGGCUAGCCUUCGACACAGUCAUCAUGCUUUGUUCAAAUAUUACAGAUAGCUGAUUGUACAUGUGAUUGAUAACUUGUUAAUCACAUACGUUCGCCAGCGGUUUGGGUGAUAUUUAUGUUGUUACCGUUCUGUUUGUGCAUUGUGUCGGAGAUACGGGAUAUUUGAAGGAUGAUCCCUGAAGAUCUGAAGGUAUCGCUGACGCGGGACCAGACCAUACGCCUGGUUCCCUUUUUUGCAACGUGGCUGAUGUACUAUCUUCUGUACAUGCCUAUUACCGGCUACCCACCUGAAACGCUCGGUUCCGUGUUUUUUAAGCUUCUCCCGAUGGCCGGACUUGUGUUUUACAUCAUUUCUGCUUCACUGGACUUCAAAGGAUUCCCGACGGCGAAAACCUGGAUACCAAAAGAUCACAGACAACGCAACUUCCUGUUUGGCAUGAUGGCGUCUGCAGUCGGCGACGCAUGUUUAGUAUGGCGUAAUACACUGUUUAUACCCGGCCUCCUAGCGUUUGCUGUGGGACACGUAUUUUAUUUCGUUGGGUUAGAACAAUGCGGAAAAAACAGCCGAACGAGAGAAUUGUUCAUUCUUCUAGGAAUAGACGUGUUUUUAUUUUUCCAACCGGCAUUCAAUUCCUACGUCAUGACCGCCCUCGUCGCGUUGUACGUUUCGCUGAUAUUUUCAAUGGCGUGGCGCGCGACUGCCUGGUACGAAUCGGACGGGUCCAAAUCGUCCAUGGCGGGGUGUGCAGGUGCGUUGCUCUUCGUUCUAUCAGACGGCCUUAUCGCAAUCGAUAAAUGGUACGUUCCACUUCCGUUCGUUGGUUCCAUGGUGAUGUCGACCUACUUUGGUGCCCAGCUCUGUUUAGCUGUCAGUACAACAAGAGACCUGAAGUGAUAUGUAUUAUUAUGUGUUAGUGCAGACUAUUUAUUCGCAAAUGUUUUGAAUUCGAUCACGAUUAAUUAAUUGUUAAUGUUUUAAAAGUAUGAAUAUUCGUUUACAGAAUAAGUUCACACUUUCAAGUGAAGUAUCCAAAAUACAAUCUAUGCAGUAAUAUACUCAGAACUUUUAUUUCGGUCCAUAUUUAUACAGACAUGUAAAUAAAAGUUUAAAACUUUUCAUAAAAUUGCAUUAAUCAAUAAAAAAAAACCCACAAACAAUGACAAAACACAAACCACACAUGGCAAAGAUAGAGCCAAUACUCAAUAUAUUACUAGUAUAUAAAUAUACUAGUAUACUUUAAGGUAGAUUUAGAUUUUACUUUUCAAUUUAAAUUCAUACCUCUCAAUGAAGUGCCGGCCAGCUUUUACACUCAAAAUUUAACAGUACUUAUUGCGCAUUCAGGUAUUUAUAUCAGUCACUGACAACUGUACAUAGUAAUUAAAUCAGAGAUAGUGAAGAAUGGCCGUAGAAAGAAUUUCAUGACAAAUACCCGCACACGUUGUGUGGCCGAUCUGAGACUCGAACCAGCAAUGCUAGGUUUUGCAGUUCUUGGCGAGCCCUGUUUAUCAUAAGAUAAAGCGAUUAUUUCCAGACUUCUGUAUGUAUUUGCACCAUGGCCAAGUGCAUAAAUCACAUUUGCAUAGAAAUAAAGCGUUACAUGCAUGCUCUUACAUCAGAAUCCUGGCGAUGAAAAGUGUAACAUGUCAGUUAACACACGAUCGUGUAUGGUGGCGUGUAAAUGUAAUAAGACAGAUAAAUAAUAAUACCCCAAUCAGCAAUACACCGAUUGUGUUGUAUAAAUGCUAAAUUUACAAUUGAUCUACUGUCAGUAAGAGUUGAAUCCGAAUGUUACAAAAUUAAAUUAUCUUAUAGCCACAUUGUAAAAGUAUGCUUGUCUUGACCUACAGGCUACAACAGUAUUAAAGUGCACAUACUGAAAGCUUAAACGUUCAA